CUUCAUCUCCACCCCACCUUCUCCUUCUCUCUUUCCACCACUCAACAACAACACUCACCAAAACGACGCCGUUUCCCAAAGCGUCCAAAAACCGCAACUUCUAACUCCACAGACACACAUUCUCCACCUUCUAAUCUUUUCCUUUAUGUUAUCUUUUCUCCUCGCAUGCGCCAUGUUAUUAUUAUUAUUAUUAUUAUUGUAACGCUUCGAUGGCGACGCGAGUUUUAAUCUAUAUCCGUUUCGUUUAAGCAAUUAAUGAGGCGUCAAUUUCACUUACGUGGAUUUCCAAUCCCGCUUCGUUCCUCACACUGCAUCGUGAAAACCCUAUUAAUCUCAACGAAUGUUGAUUAUUGUUAAUUUUCCUUCAAUUCCAGACAAAGAGCAAAGAUGAAUAUCCUCGUGGCGCUCGCAUUCUUGUGCCUGGCAACAUUGGCGCCAUGGCGCGUUCGCUCGCAACAACAGAGGCUUCUCGUGAACAUGACGCUCGUUACCAAGGCCAAAGCUAGCGGCGCUCUGUGUUUGGACGGAAGUUUACCGGCGUAUCACUUGGACAGAGGAUUCGGUGCUGGUGAAAACAACUGGCUUCUUCAAUUUGAGGGAGGUGGAUGGUGCAAUGACUUAAAAUCAUGCUUGGAGAGAGCCAAAACUCGGAGGGGUUCAUCAAGUUAUAUGGUCAAAUUGGAGGUGUUUUCUGGUAUUUUAAGCAACAAUGCCACCCUUAAUCCUGAUUUUUACAACUGGAACCGUGUAAAGCUGAGAUACUGUGAUGGAGCCUCGUUUACAGGAGACGCUGUGUUCUCUAACAAGACAACAACUCUUCAUUUCAAAGGGCAAAAGAUUUGGGAAGCCAUUAUUGACGACCUUCUACCACAAGGUUUGGGAAAGGCACGGAAGGCUUUGCUUUCAGGUUGCUCAGCAGGAGGUUUAGCAACCUUUCACCAUUGUGACGACUUCGCCAAGCGUUUGCCAACGGAUGCUAGUGUUAAAUGCUUGAGUGAUGCCGGUUUUUUUCUUGACGAAAGAGACAUCAGUUUGAACCACACCAUGAGGUUUCUCGUUAAAAGUCUAGUUCGGUUACAGGGGAUAGAGCAGAACCUGAAUAGAAAUUGCACCAGAGAACAGUACUUUCCAGCCUUGUGCUUCUUUCCACAAUAUGCGUUGAAAUACAUAUCAACACCAUAUUUUAUUUUGAACUCUGCCUAUGAUGUAUUCCAAUUCCAUCAUAUAUUGGCGCCACCCUCUGCGGAUUUGCACGGACACUGGAACAAGUGCAGGCUGAACCCGGCUGCAUGUACAGCAGACCAAAUUGCUAUAUUGCAAGGUUUUAGGCUCGACAUGCUUGGAGCUUUGAAACCAUUCUAUAUGAAUUCAAGAAGAGGGGGGGUGUUCAUAAAUUCAUGUUUUGCUCAUUGCCAAAGUGAACAACAGGAUACAUGGUUUAGAGAUGAUUCUCCUAGAAUAAACAACAAGACUAUUGCAGAAGCGGUUGGUGAUUGGUAUUUUAGUAGAAACAUAAGCAAGGAAAUAGACUGUCCAUAUCCAUGCGAUGGAACUUGUCAUAAUACUAUACCCGAACCUAAGCUCAGGUGAGAUGGAAGAUCAAACUGAACAUUUUUCCUCAAGAUUCUCUAUUUUUCACAUACAAGUCCCGAUGGUCCACUAAAACAGAAUUAAAAGGCAGUUUUUGUAGAAGAGUAGAAAACCAUACACAUAUAGUGAAUGCUAGGCAGAUAGAAAAUUCCUUGAUAGGAAGUGAUAAAGAAACCAAUAAAGAAAAUGUCGUUUGAAUGAUUUCAGUUAUUUUCCAUUCAUUAUAAAAUAUUUUUACUCAAUAAAAUUAAUUUGAAUUUUUAUUUUCA